UCCGGACGCCUGCCGCAGGAGCCUCUGAUUGUGGUGUUUUUCCACUUCGGGGGAACGGCAGCGAUAAAUCGCAGCACUCAUCCCAGAGCUGAGCACAUUCCCAGCUGUCAUCAUGGAUUUCAGACCAGCUUGCCUCUUCCUCUGUGUCCUCAUCCUCAUCCAUGGCUCGCUCCAGCAGAGCCCCCCUAAGAAGAAACCGCUGAAAAAAGAUGCGGUCAGCUUCAGCACCAUCGAGGACCUCCAGAAGCAGAUUGACGAGAUCGUGCGGGAUCUCACGCUGCUGAAGGAGCAUCAGGCGCUCCAGACAGUAUGUCUGAAAGGAUUUAAGAUCCACGGUAAAUGCUUCCUGGUGGAUCCUUUAAAGAAGCGCUACCACACAGCGAACGAGGACUGCAUCGACAAGGGGGGCACCCUGAGCACCCCCCUGACCCGCCAAGAGAACGAGCAGCUGUACGACUACGUGCGCUCUACCCUCGGCCCCGACGCACAGGUCUGGCUGGGCGUGAACGACAUGACGACGGAGGGCAUGUGGAUCGACCAGACAGGCUCUGCCGUUCGCUACAAGAACUGGGAGUCCGGCCUCAACUUUCAGCCGGACGGCAACCGCGCCCAAAACUGCGCCGUGCUUUCCGCCGCUGCCACCGGAAAGUGGUUCGACGAGAACUGCCGAGAUGAGAGAUCCUCCGUCUGCGAGUUUAACAUCGUGUGAGGGCCUCCAGCCCUAUGACGUCAGACUGGAUCCCCUUAUCGUGGUAUAGCUUAUCGGGGCUGUCUGCAAUCACGAUUUCCCUUUCCCUCGCUUAUGCUUUACGACAACAGAAUCUAAAAUUGGUUGAGCUUUAAUGAAAACUGGCUUCAAGUGUUGCGUGUAAUUUGUCACGGUAUUAACUGGAAACAGAAGAAAUCAUUUGUUUUUGUCAAUUGACACUGAUGCCAAAUAAAUAAAUACAAAAGCUGAUUAGUCAAAA